AUGGAGUCACCGGCAGAUGAGGCUGAGGCCCGAAGUUCAAGGCGGGAGAAGAGUUUGAGCUACACGGGGAGGAGAUGGUCUCAUGGCUGGGACAUUGAUGGCCAUCCGUACCUGGACACUUCUUCACAGUUCCUGCACCUGAGUAAGCCGCAGCCUGCAGUAGCUGCACGUGCCCCGGCCUGGGCGCCAAGCUACCCGUACCCACGAGCUUUGCGAGGUCCGAGGUCUGCGUUGCAGGAGCCCACGUUUGAGGGAACGAAGCGCGAGCCGGGCACCGGUAGCUUGGUGGAGGCGAUGGAGACGGCUGCGGCCGCGGCAUCUGCUCCGAGUGCUUUGCCCGAAGACCUGCUGCAUUCGCUGGAUGACUUGUCAGCAGCUCUGGGGAGCCUUGACCAGCCAGGUGUUCUGGCUGCCCUUCAGAAGCUCAAAACAUUUCACUUCGAGGAAGAGAGGCUGAUGGCGAGUCGGGCUAAAGACCUAUUGGACGCAUACACCGGAAGGCGAAGUCCACCUCCUUGCCAGAGCUGGAAACUUCGAGCUCUGGAGAAAGAAAUCUACAAACGCUUUCGGGAGGUCUGCGCGAAAAACCCAGAAGGCAUUCAGCACUUCAUCGAGAAGGGCCUUCCUGCUCAGCUUCUCUCAAUCCUGGAGCCGUAUCGCUUGGCGAGGCAGGCUGCGGACAUUUCAGCUCCUCUGGCCAAGCAGGGUCCAAAGCCGAAACUCAAUGUUGCCACGACUACUACGACUGGUACAAGUAACGCCGCAGCUUCGGCGACUCACCGUGCAGUCGUCCCUGCUAGGAUUGGUGCAUCGGAGGCAAAGCUUUCGAGUGCAGCUCUGCAGCUGCCGUGGUCGUCAGAAGAAUGCUGGGAGAGGCGCUGGGAGCAAGUGUUUCACGAUAACGAGAAUCACGAGCCGGAACAAGCAAAGUGUGGGCAAGAUGUAGCGGUAAAGUCGAAGCGGUUCUUUCUCGUCGUUUCAGCCAUGGACGCUGCGGAGACUUUGGGCCUGGUCGAGAGUUGGACCGAAUGGGACCAGCUCCGUGAAGUGUGGGUGGGAUCUUUGGAGUACAAGUCGCUGACACCACCGGAGGAGCCAGCCGUCGCAAGAAAGGUGGCCUGCUACCAGAAGUACAACUGGCCCCUGAGGGAUGGUUUCGCCACAGAUGCCGAGUGCCUGGCGGAGGCCAAAAGACAACUGGACAACUAUGUGAAGGUCUUGAAGCAAGAGGGCAUCAUCGUACAAAGGCCCAGGCCGUUCGAGACACAGAAGGCGAUCCAGACCCCGAUGUGGUCCAUCGACAGGAUGGGUGGUUUCACCUGUCCCCGAGACUUGUUCUUCGUGGCUGGCAAGCAGGUGAUUGAGGCACCGAUGAGCUGGCGCAGCCGCUACUUCGAGCACCUGGCAUGGAGGGACUUGCUGAUGAGCUACUACCGGUCAGACCCCAGGAUGCGAUGGUCAGCUGCUCCGAAGCCCAUGCUCUUGGACGAGAGCUUUGGUGGUGAUGGUGAGGAGCGCACUAUUCGGAACUCGGAGAUUUUCUUCGAUGCUGCUGAUUCCAGGCGCUUCGGAAAGGACGUGUUCUUCCAGAGUGCGCACACCGCCAACGACCUAGGGCGAGAGUGGGUGCGCCGGGAGCUUGCUGCUCAAGGCACCCGCGUUCAGGACUUCCAUUUCGAGAGUCACUUCCACUUCUCCCACAUCGACGCGCGGCUGACCCCCGUGGAUGAAGGCCUCUGCCUCUUCAGCGGCAUGGACCGGCCGACUCCGGAGAUGAUUGAGCUCUUCAAAGAGAACGAGUGGACCCUCAUCGAUGGAGGAGUUCGUGAGGAUUGCCGGUGCGCCGCCGACCAGUGCGCCCCUGGCAUUCAUCUGAACGUGCUCACCAUUGCACCCAAGGUUUGCAUUGUGGAGAAGAAUGAGAAGAGUCUCAUCAAGCUCUUCGGUGAGGAAGGUGUGGAUGUCAUUCCGAUCGAGUUCUCAGCCUGCUACCCCUUUGGCGGUGCUUUGAACUGCUACACUUUGGACAUCCACAGGCAGGGCCCGGCCCAGAAGUCCUACUUCCCUUCGCUGGACGUGGCCGCCGAGAGGCUGGAGGCGAAGCAGCUUCUCCGACAGUGCUCCUAA